UAGACAUUAUUUCUCGUACUUCUCCUCGAUAAACUAACUAUAUCAAUGAGUGGUCGUGGUAAAACCGGAGGCAAGGCCAGAGCUAAGGCCAAGACCCGCUCCUCCCGUGCCGGGCUCCAGUUCCCAGUAGGUCGUGUUCACAGGCUGCUGCGUAAAGGCAACUAUGCUCAGCGUGUCGGUGCCGGCGCCCCGGUCUACUUGGCUGCAGUGCUGGAGUAUCUGACUGCUGAGAUCCUGGAGCUGGCUGGAAACGCUGCUCGUGAUAACAAGAAGACUCGUAUCAUCCCCCGUCACCUGCAGCUGGCCGUCCGCAACGACGAGGAGCUCAACAAGCUGCUGGGUGGAGUCACCAUCGCUCAGGGUGGUGUGCUGCCCAACAUCCAGGCUGUGCUGCUGCCCAAGAAGACCGAGAAGCCUGCUAAGACCAAGUAUAAACUAACUAUAACAAUGAGUGGGCGUGGUAAAACCGGAGGCAAGGCCAGAGCUAAGGCCAAGACCCGCUCCUCCCGUGCCGGGCUCCAGUUCCCAGUAGGUCGUGUUCACAGGCUGCUGCGUAAAGGCAACUAUGCUCAGCGUGUCGGUGCCGGCGCCCCGGUCUACUUGGCUGCAGUGCUGGAGUAUCUGACUGCUGAGAUCCUGGAGCUGGCUGGAAACGCUGCUCGUGAUAACAAGAAGACUCGUAUCAUCCCCCGUCACCUGCAGCUGGCCGUCCGCAACGACGAGGAGCUCAACAAGCUGCUGGGUGGAGUCACCAUCGCUCAGGGUGGUGUGCUGCCCAACAUCCAGGCUGUGCUGCUGCCCAAGAAGACUGAGAAGCCCGCUAAGACCAAGUAAAGCUGCUGCCUCUCACCGCUGCUACCAGCCCCACAACGGCUCUUUUAAGAGCCACACACUCUUCCUAU